UUGUAAGUAGAUAUGAAUCAACCCCCUCAUAUCACAAACCAAGCAAUUCCAGUUGCAAAACCAGAUGUUGAAAUGAGCACUUAUGCUGCAGGAAAAGAAAUUCCUAUGGGUAAUAAUGGCUCCAUCAAAGAUUCUCAUCCAAAAGCUCCUAACGCAGCAACUCAAGGUGUUCAAAUCAGGAACUCAGACCAGAACGCAUACGGCCAAAACGUUAUAGUUGCAGAACAAGGACCCGACUAUAUUUAUGAUUGGGAACAAUUAGCCAAGCCUAUUCCUUAUACCUGCCAAUAUUGCAACCACUCAGGAGUGACUAGAAUGAAGGUUAUCAUCACCAGAGAGAAGAAGUGAAUAAUCAUAUGUCUUUUCGUAUUCCUCAGCUGCUGACUAAUUCCUUGCAUGAAACAUCUGAACAGGUACGAACAUUACUGCACCAAUUGUCAUAAAUGAAUCAAGUAUUACCAAAUAACAGGACCUGAUGAAUAAUUCCCAUAUCUCAAGCGUUCUAUAAGCUUCUUGCUGUUUUGUUAGGCCAGGAAAACGCUCUUAAGAU